AUGGCCCUUCGUCGUCGCGACCUGGUAAUAGCGAGUGUCGCCUGUUUUAUCGCCUGGGGUCUGGUGGUCCGCUGGCUGCCGAUCCUCCGGUAUUUCGGAUAUGCGCUGGGGUUGGGUGCGGCGUUGGUCUCUGGCGGGUUCCUCAGCCUAGUGAUCUUGACGACCCGAAACAAUUAUGAGAAAAGGAUCGCUCCAAAGAGCGUUUCUGUCGCAUUCAUUCACCCAAAAUUGUGGCGCAAAGAAAUUUUGACUGUUCGCAAGACGGCCCGUUACCGCGCCAAACCGUUAUACCCAGAAUCCUUCGUCGUCUCUGAAGCAAUCGAUGAACUUUUGGCCCUCGUCAAUCGUGAAUUUGUCUCGUCAUGGUACCACAACAUUAGCCCGAACCCUACCUUUUCGAACGAAAUUGAUCGCGUCGUCCGCGUUGCGCUCGAGAAUCUCCGAGAUAAACUGCUGGCAGAAGAUCUGAUCUCGUUGAUCGUCUCACGAGUGUUUCCAAUUAUCACAGCCCAUUUGAAAGAGUUUGAUGUCGCUGAGCGCUCGGUGCGUGGGCGAAAUCUCAACCGAAAUGUGACGGAAUCUGAAGAGCUGGAUCUGGCGAUCGCUAACAAGUUUCGUGAGGGUCGGCUGCACCCCGCGGUUGGGCUCUCGGCGUCCGACCAAAAAGUGGUGCAGCAAGAAUAUCUACGCAAGAUCGCCGUCGGUCUUCUACCUCAAUUAUUCCCCGAGAAUGUGCUCAAUAGCAGGAUUGUUACCGUCCUCAUUCGCGAGAUCAUUGCGUGCGCCGUGCUUCUUCCUAUCGUGACUGCAUUGUCAGACCCUGAUACCUGGAAUCAGUUGAUGGAAGCGUAUGGGCGAACGGCCUUGCAAGAUCGGAAAACAGUGCGCAAGUUGCGUGCGGCGCUGGACGAGCAUGCUUCCCCUGCCCCUCGAUCUAAACGAGGACAGCCGUUCCCAAGACUUUCACCCCACGACUCCGAGAGAGCUUUCGAGCGUUUUGUUCGUGCUAUUAGACGCUGCAACAAUCUAUCGGAUGCUCGUCGUUUCCGCGCCCUUGUUUCAAGCCAGCUCAAGCGGGAGAGCAUGGUCGAAGGGCAAGACCAGGUCUACCUCAGACGUCUUGAAACAGGAAAACGAGUUCUAGAUCAAAAAGUCGCCAAAUUAGCGGUUCCGGGGGAAGCCUCUUCUUCAGCCGUCCUAGCAUCGAGUCAUGCUCGGCUUGAUGCUGCCUCCGCCCCACGAGAUACAUCUCUUGUAGAUGUGAUGCACAAUGCAUCCGGUCUUUCGUACUUCAUGGAGUUCAUGGAUCGCCAGAACCUGAUGCCUCUUGUUCAAUUCUGGAUCGUGGUUGAUGGGUUUAGAAAUCCACUGGAAGACGACUUCGGCGAGGAUUCAUCUACUUCAAGUACCUGGACGAGCGCUGAUAGGAAUGACAUGGCGCUUCUUAGUGAGACAUACCUCAACAAGCCCGAGAUCAAAGUCUCCAAGGAGUCCCGGCAAGCUGUCAAGACCUUCCUAAGCGCUGGCAAGCGUGCAACUGCCGAGCAAUAUCGUAAGGCUCGAACAGUGGUGUUGACUACACAAUCCGCGGUCUUAGAGGAGCUCGAGGGUACCUACUACCCUAAAUUUAAGGAAUCCGACUUAUACUGGAAAUAUUUAGCAUCAGACGAGACUUCUGGCUCUCAGGCCCAGAUACCUCGCCCGCCUCCGCCCACUGUCACUUUUAAUGCCCCUGAGAGGCGACCCUUGCCUCCUCUUAUGGUGCGCACCACUUCCCAGCCUGGCACCAGGCCCUCUAAAGACCUCCGACGAGCUGCGGUUUCAUCCAGUGAUGUACGUAGCAUGGGAAAGAUAUUUGAUGAUGAUGACUCGCCACGACGUUCUAUUGACUCUGAACGGUCUGCGCCUCUAUUUGACGACGAUUAUGAUACAGACAAUCUUGCCAACUCGACUGCCAGCCUAGGCAAAGAUUCACAAAAUGGUGACAAUGAUGCGACUGAGAGUCAAGUCCUAGAGACCAUGGAAGCUGCUUUGAACGACAUCAUAACUAAUGAACCCAAGAACGGACGCAUGGAGGACUUGCGGAGUAGCGACUUGAGAAGUAGUGAUGGAGCUUCUUCCUCGUCCCUGUUUGGGCCAGAGCGCCCGGAGCUUUCGCCUCGUACUUCGUUCGAUGUGCCUCGCCCUGAUGGCCGCCCGAUCGACAAGGCGAAGAAGAGCAUUGCGUCGCUCGGGUUAGUCGGCCAUGGAGCUCGUCUGGGCGUCUUUGAAGACGACCUCUUCCCGGACCAGCAGAAAUUCAUCGAAGACGAGUAUGAAGAACCUGUUGGUGCCGAUGAACAAGAUCCCGCGGAUGAAGUUCAUGAAGCAGCACCUGGUGACCUAGGUCUUACUGAAGCCAUUGAGGUUCUCACCACCGAUAUCGACAAGCUUACAGCCCAAGACUCAGUCGUCGAAGCAUUGACUCGAAAGGCUGAAUUGACUAACAACACUGCAGAGCUCCGCAUUUUGCGGAAAUCCAAAGCGAGCAUUCAGCGCGAGAUUCAUCGAAAGGAGAUGCAACGGCAACAAUAUAUCAUCCAAGAAAGCGACAAUAGUUUGUAUGGCCGGUCCACCGUCCGUAUUAAGUCUAUUGUGGUGGGCAAGGAGGAGGAUGAUGGCCGAGAGUUUGCAAUGUAUGUUGUUGAAGUCCAACGGAAUGCCGGCGAACAAAUGCCUGCUGCAUCCUGGGCUGUCGCACGUCGGUAUAGUGAGUUCCACGAGCUCCAUCAGAAGCUUCGCAUGAGCUAUCCUUCCGUGCGACACCUAGAAUUCCCGCGUCGACGCAUGGUCAUGAAACUGCAACGAGAAUUCUUGCAAAAACGGCGUCUUGCCCUGGAAGCCUACCUACAACAAUUGCUUUUGCUUCCCGAGGUCUGCCGCAGCCGGGACCUGCGCGCAUUUCUUUCGCAGCGGGCCAUUCUCCCUCGCGAAGAGUCCAACCGGAAUAGUGAAGGAGAAACCAAGGACCUUGUGACUCGUAUCUACAACUCCGUUGCUGACGGCAUGGACGACUUCCUGGGUAACUUCGGUGUCCUCGACCAGCUCUCUACAGCCGGUCAGAAUCUUAUCUCCGCUGCAACCCAGCAGACCAGCUCAAUCACGGUGCAGGACCCUGUCCUCGCAACCGAAGACGCUGUCACCGCGGCGGAAGCUGAAGCCGAACUCAACGCCUUCGAAGACCGCGAGCUCGAGCCAUUCAUCAAACCCAUUUGCGACCUUUUCCUCGAAGCCUUCGAACUCAACCGCGGCAACAAUUGGCUCCGCGGUCGCGCCGUUGUUGUCGUUCUACACCAGCUCCUCGGCGGCACCAUCGAGCGCAAGGCCCGCGACAGCGUCCGCUCGCUCUUCCAAGACGACUCGCUUCUACGGUACCUCACUCUCGCCCGCGACUCGCUCUUCCCUGACGGCACCCUGCGAAAAUUCAUCCCCCGCUCCGCGCCUGAGCGGUUGAAGAGCCGCGCUGAGGCGACCGUCGUUCUCGCAACGCUCAUCCCAGACCUUGCAGGUAACGUCGUCGGCCGCGCGAACGCGCAGGCCGCCGCCCGCCGCAUUUUCGCCACUCUCAACAACCAGCCGCUGAAUACGCACCUGGCAUUCACGGUGCUGGAUGAGAUCAUCCUAGUGCUUUUUGGCAGCCGCGAGCCUGGCCGCUCCCGCUGA